GCUAGGGCAGGUUUUGUUGCCAGCAGCUUGCCUGAUUCGACCUCUCCAAAAAUAGACAUUUAACUCGCUGAACUCCAGUUUAAGGAUGAAAUUCAUUUUGCUCUCUCCUCAUUUUAAAGGUUCAAAGGGAAGCAGCGAGGAUCCCAAGGUCCCAGCGCCCUCACAGCCAAUGAGGGGUCGGUGAGGGAGGAGCUUGGGGCUGCUCGGUGCAGCUUGAGCUUCUGAGCGAAUCAUCCCCGGUAGAUGCAGUGGAUACUGAGCUCGGCUCGUCUGUCACAGCAGAACAAAACUAAAACAAAACCAAAAAAAAACACAGAAGAGGAGAAACGCUGCAGAGUAUGGAACGCUGUAGCACUUUCUGAAAUAUUUGCUGGGGAUCCCCGUGGAGCAUGAUCUUUUAAAACUAUCCUUUUUGAAGCUGGUUUGGGUAACUGGGAAAAUGAUACAUAUGCUAAAUGCAGCAGCUGAUCGAGUGAAAUGGACCAGGUCGGGUGCUGCUAAAAGGGCCGCCUGCCUGGUGGCUGCGGCAUAUGCUGUGAAAACCCUCUACCCCAUCCUUAGCAAGCAUUUAAAGCAAACUGGCCACAGGAAGAAAAAAGAAGCUCGCGGGGCUGCAGAGAACAGAGAAACACUGCAUUGCACCGAGAUUACUUGUAAAAAACCUUCGCCUGGAGUGAAUGCAGAUUUUUUCAAACAGCUACUAGAACUUCGAAAAAUCCUCUUUCCAAAACUUGUGACCACGGAGACAGGGUGGCUCUGCCUCCACUCGGUGGCUCUCAUCUCAAGAACCUUUCUGUCUAUCUAUGUGGCUGGUCUGGAUGGAAAAAUCGUAAAAAGCAUUGUGGAAAAGAAGCCUCGGACUUUCAUCAUCAAACUGAUCAAGUGGCUUCUGAUUGCCAUCCCUGCCACCUUUGUCAACAGUGCGAUAAGGUACCUGGAAUGCAAAUUGGCUUUGGCCUUCAGAACUCGCCUAGUAGACCAUGCCUAUGAAACCUAUUUUACAAAUCAGACUUAUUAUAAAGUGAUCAAUAUGGAUGGGAGGCUGGCAAACCCUGACCAGUCUCUUACUGAAGAUAUUAUGAUGUUCUCCCAGUCUGUGGCUCACUUAUAUUCCAAUCUGACCAAACCUAUUUUAGAUGUAAUUCUGACCUCCUACACCCUCAUCCAGACUGCUACAUCCAGAGGUGCGAGCCCAAUUGGACCCACUCUAUUAGCAGGACUUGUGGUAUAUGCCACUGCUAAAGUGUUGAAAGCCUGCUCUCCCAAGUUUGGUAAAUUGGUGGCCGAAGAAGCGCAUAGAAAAGGCUAUUUACGGUAUGUGCACUCCAGAAUUAUAGCCAAUGUUGAAGAAAUUGCCUUUUACAGAGGACAUAAGGUAGAAAUGAAACAACUCCAGAAAAGUUACAAAGCUUUAGCAGAUCAGAUGAACCUCAUUUUAUCGAAACGUUUGUGGUACAUUAUGAUAGAGCAGUUCUUGAUGAAGUAUGUUUGGAGCGGCAGUGGACUAAUUAUGGUGGCUGUACCUAUUAUCACUGCAACUGGCUUUGCAGAUGGUGAAGACGGCCAAAAACAAGCUAUGGUUAGUGAACGGACAGAAGCCUUUACCACUGCUCGAAAUUUAUUGGCCUCUGGAGCUGAUGCCAUUGAACGGAUUAUGUCUUCAUAUAAAGAGGUCACUGAAUUAGCAGGCUAUACUACUCGAGUGUACAAUAUGUUUUGGGUAUUUGAUGAAGUUAAAAGAGGCAUUUAUAAGAGAACUGCUGUCGUGCAAGAAUCUGAAAACCAUGACAAGAACGGAGCUAAUAUAGAAUUACCUUUCAGUGACACACUGGAAAUCAAAGGAAAAGUUAUUGAUGUGGAUCAUGGAAUUAUUUGUGAAAAUGUUCCCAUAAUUACACCAACGGGAGAAGUGGUGGCUUCCAGUCUAAACUUCAAAGUACAAGAAGGAAUGCAUCUUUUGAUUACUGGUCCCAAUGGUUGUGGGAAGAGUUCUCUCUUCAGAAUUUUAAGUGGGCUCUGGCCUGUGUAUAAGGGAGUCCUCUAUAAACCACCUCCCCAGCAUAUGUUCUAUAUUCCACAAAGGCCAUACAUGUCUCUUGGAAGUCUUCGGGAUCAAGUCAUCUAUCCUGAUUCAGUGGAUGACAUGCGUGAUAAAGGCUACACAGACCACGACCUGGAAUGUAUCCUACACAAUGUCCACCUCUAUCACAUCGUUCAAAGAGAAGGAGGAUGGGAUGCUAUUAUGGACUGGAAAGAUGUCCUAUCAGGAGGGGAAAAGCAAAGAAUGGGCAUGGCUCGAAUGUUUUAUCAUAGACCAAAAUAUGCAUUGCUGGAUGAAUGUACCAGUGCUGUCAGCAUUGAUGUUGAAGGAAAGAUAUUUCAGGCUGCAAAGGGGGCUGGAAUUUCCUUGCUAUCCAUAACACACAGGCCUUCUCUUUGGAAAUACCACACUCAUUUAUUACAGUUUGAUGGUGAAGGAGGUUGGCGCUUUGAACAAUUGAAUACUGCAGUCCGUUUAACACUGAGUGAAGAAAAACAAAAACUAGAAUCUCAGCUAGCUGGAAUUCCCAAAAUGCAGCAGAGACUCGAUGAACUAUGUAAAAUUUUGGGUGAAGACUCAGUGCUGAAAACAAUCAAAAAUGAAGAUAAAACAUCAUAAUUUGUUUUGACAUGUUUUAAGAGUUUAUUUUUAGGUAAAGGCUCAGAGACACUCUGUUGUAAAUGCAUGCAUUGUGUUAAGCUAAGCACAGAGAAAAAAGCAGCAAGAAAUAUUUUGUAAGAUUUUAGCAUCAAGGAAAUAUAUGACCUGACUUUUCAGAAGAAAAUAAGCAAAUGCAUUAUGUAAGAUUAGUCAACAUGGCUUGUACUAAUUCCUGGUGAAAACCUAUUUCACCUGUAAACCAGGGUUUUCUAAGUGAAUUAAUGGUGAAUACCCAAUUUACUAUGUGUAUGUGAUGUGCUUGAAAUCCUUUACAAAUGUGGCAGAUAUCUUCAGAACAGAACAACUUAAGAGCAGCAUUUGGGUUGAAUCAGAUGCAUAAAAUUAGAAAUUUGAAUAACAUUUCAGUCUAUUUAUGGUUAUUAGGUUUAAUAGCUACAAUUCAGUUUCAUCAUUGCUAGUGGUCAAUUAAAUCUGUGCACAAAAUAGCUGACAGUUUGAUCAAUAAUUUGAAUAUGAAAAAACUCUUUUAAUGACAGUGGCUAAAAGGAAGAAGCCUGGCUAUAUAUGUAUACAAUGCCAUAUUUUUAAUUUUAGGUUAUGAGUGUCCUAAUGUGGGCACACACCAAAUUAGUUUUCAUGAAACUCUUACAUAUUUGUUAAUCCAUUCUUUCAUUUUAAAAAGAGAAUUGCCAAUACAGAAAAGGAGUAUCUAAGCGAUGUUUGUCUCAGCCUGUUACUUUAUUUGGCAGCAUUAUCUAUCACAACUUCUGUUCAGAAAUACUUAGUUCGUUUUUGUGCACAAAGGAGUCUACCACAUGUUAAAAACAGCACUAUAAUAAUAGAAUACAGGAAUCUCUAAAUCACAGUAGUAAUAACAUCCAAUGGAAUAACACUUUAUAGUUUACAAUUCUCACAUCAUUUUAUUUUCAUCCUGUGGCAAUCUUUUGAGACAGAUACUGUUUUUCUUAAUUUGCUCUGAAAAAAAUGACAGACUUGCCCUAAUUAUGCAUUUUACUUAGGAACAGAUCCAGGGAUCAAAUGAAGUUCUCCUCAUUCCCUGGUUCAGUGCUAUUUCCACUUCUCAUUAUCCUUAAAAUCUAACUGGACUGUACUAUCAAUAAAAGUUAGAUGAGAUAUGGGGAAAAAAUAAAUUUGGUAAUGUUAA